GUUUCCUGGCAAAUGUAUGUAGUUUCCUAUUUUUAACAUGCCAAAAGGGAAAGAAAAAGUGAGAGGAUGAAAGGUGGGUGAGAGAGGGUGGGUUAGGGUGCCUAUUGGGGGCCUGAUCAUGUUUUCUUUUUUUUUUACUUCAACCUCAGAUCUUGAUCUUUUUUAGACUUCAAAUCAGGCCAGAACUCUGUGGGUCUGCAAUAGGUCUCCUCUAACGUGCCUGUCUCCAUCAGGAUAAGGACAUACACAUACGUUCGUUCACAGUUUUAUCACAUCUCAACUUCUUGACAAAUUUAGUUUCCUGUUUCCCCAAAAAUAGGAUACCAAUGAAACUAUUAAUGCCAAAUUAUGUUCAACAAGAAAUUCGGAAACACUUAGUGUGUCAUCAUGAUAACAGUGGCCUAACGUCAUCUAAGCUGUCAAAUGGUAACUAAAAAUAACCACACAGAAUUUAAACAGGUCAUUCGUCAUUAUGAAGAUCAGGCACAAAUCAGACACAAGUUGACUCCUCUAAUGGUGUCACAGGGAAAUUUAAUUCAACGUGGUAGUAAAAUGAACAGACACAACAUUUGGAAAAAAAACUUUGGUCUGUAGCGAAUUCCAUGCCUGUAGUGGAGAUGGAAAACAUAAGAAUUUUGGGUGAGAGAUAAAGAAAGAUAGAAAAAGAAAGAAAGAAAGAGCCUGUGAUAGAUUGUAUCGCUAACGUUGCAGUAUCCUAUUAAAAAAGAGCUAUGAGACAAGAUGCGGUAUUGUGUGAAACACUUCAUUCGAUUCAAUGUUCUUGUGCCUACCUAAAGCGCUUCCCUCCAACAUAGCAUGGUAUUUAAUCUGCCAAAUAAUCAAUAUUAACUUUAAUAGCCUGAUAAGUAUGGGCCCCAGCCCCUAUCGCUUGUAAUUGACUGCAAUACAGCAGGCCAGACAGAAGUGCUUUAGCACCCCCUGGUGGUAGCUUCCACAGCUGCGCCAGCUAUAAAUAGUUACAUUCAGCUGUAUAUACAUUUUUGUUCAGUAGCACCUGUGUAACUAUUUGCAUUCAUGACUUUAAGUUAUUUUAUAAUAACAUAAAGUCUGCAGUUCAGGUGGUGCUGGGUUACAAAACGCUUCUUUAAUAAACAAUCACAUAGUCCACGAUCCAUUCGUGGUAGUAGGGAGCUUUCUGAUGUUGAUUUAAAGUUCCGCUGACUGGCAGUUAUGGCUUUGGCUAAUAUGGCUUUGACUACCUCAUUGUAAGUCUGUUAUUAAUGAGAUUGAUAUGUCCUAAACCACAUUAUUUCAUCAACAAUUAUUGAUGAUGUAUUGUUAAUGUCACAGCAUCUUUGGUUGAUGGCAGUUAUUUGGGUUUCUUUCGGGGUUUGGUAGAUGAAUGAUUUAAUUCAGCUAUACUUGAGAUUUAGCAACAUGCGCCACAGGAACGAUUACUUCAUUCCUACCUUAACUUGCCAUGAAAUGUAUCGCAUAACUGCUAUAAACUUUGAUCCCAGAUAUGACCGAAAUCUUAACAGCCAGUCAAGCACUGUAAACCUAACUUCCGUGUAGCGGGUUAAUGAAGAACAAAGAGAAAGCGCAAGAAUGUAAGGACACAGCGGCCAGUUCAACCCAGCACACUGAAAGGAAAAGUCUUUACCUGAGGAAGAGGAUGGCCCAGAAGGGACCUUCAACAGCCCUGGAGGAUGAGCUCAGCUGUCCUGUAUGCUUGGAAUUUUUCCAGGACCCUGUGACCCUGAAAUGCCAGCACAGCGUCUGCCGCACCUGCCUGGAAACACUGACCAGGCUACAAGAAACUCAACAUGCGUGCCCUGUCUGCAGGCGAAGAUAUUCCAUGGACAAUGACAGGCCACUCAUGUCCAAUAUGAAGUUGAGGAACAUUGUGGAGGCCUUCCUCCAGAGAGGGGAGACACAGGGGUAUGAGGAGAAAGGUCUGGUUUUGUGUGUCAUACAUAAGAAGAAGCACAGGCUUUUUUGUUUGGAGUGUGAGGUUGCUGUUUGUGCUGUGUGCGUGGAGACUGAGCAGCACUCUAAGCAUAACCACAAGCCACUGAAGGAGGAAGUGGCAUGGCGUAAGAGGGAGCUCACCAUAUUGCUGCGCAACCUCCCAGAGAAACUGGAAAUGGACAUAAAGCAAGCAAGAGACUCAAAAGAGCAUGCUGCAAAAUACAUCAAGACCCAGGCCCAGGUCACAGCAAGACAGAUUCAAAGUGAGUUCAUGAAGUUGUACCAGUUCCUGAAAGAGGAGGAGAGGGCCCGACUGACAGCUCUGAAACAGGACGAGGAGAGAAAGACAGAGCUGCUGACGGAGAGGAUCAACCGCCUCACCAGCGACAUGACCUCCCUGUCAGAGGGAAUCUCAGACAUACACGUUAAGAUGAAUACAGAUGACGUCUCAUUUCUGCAGUUAUACAAGGAUUUGAAAAACAGGGUCAGGUGCACAAUGCAGGCUCCACAGCCUGUAUCAGGAGCACUGAUAGAUGUGGCCCACCACCUGGCCAACCUUAGGUUCAAUGUCUGGGAGAAGAUGCAGGAGAUGGUGCAAUACACCCCUGUAACUCUGGACGUGAAUUCAGCCCAUCCUGACUUACUGAUCUCAGAGGCACUCCGGGAGGUGAGUGACGGACAGGUGUCCCAGCCAGUGCCUGACAACGUUGAGCGAUUCGACAGCACCAUGAGCGUGCUGGGCUCUGUUGGUUUCUGCUCAGGCAUUCACUCCUGGGAGGUGGAGGUGGGGCCUAAAAAGGCAUGGACUCUGGGCGUGGCCAAAGAGAGUGUAGCCAGGAAGGGCAAUGUGAUAGUCAGCCCAGUGGGCGGGAUUUGGGCGAUAGGUUUGUGGAACGGGGAGCAGUAUAGCGCCGGAACCGCCCCUCUGGGUACCCCCUUGGUUUUGACGAGGAAACCCCAAAAGGUCCGAGUCAAACUGGACUAUGAGAAGGGAGAGCUGACCUUCUACGACUCCAGUGACAUGUCAGUCAUUUAUAGGUUCCGUGACAGGUUCAAAGACAAACUGUUCCCUUACUUCUCGCCCUGCCUCAACUCUGACGGCACUAACCCCGGAGUGCUGACGAUCUGUCCUGAGAAGGUGCUGGUAACUCUGGCAUCAGCUCUGUAGGGGGACGUUCCCCCUGUUUACACUGGGCCUUAUUUUCACUCUAACUCUUGCUUAGCCUGUCUAAGAUGAUUAUGAAAAUGUGCCUUGCCAUAAUGUACAAUGCUCAAAAACACUCCUAAUGCAUACAAAUACUAUAUUCUAUAUUUCUAUGCUUGUGUUUUUUUUUCUUUCAUAUUCCAAAUGUGUCAUUAAUCCAUAAUUGAAUAUUUCUAUUUGCAUCAACAGCAGAAAGAUGUAAAGAAUGUAUGGGAUAGCGGAUUUCUUUUAUGAAACAUUAAUCACAAACAUAAUCCAGUGUUUUCUGGGAUUUCUUUAACAUUAUUAUUUUCUUUUAAUAAUGUAUUGUAGUCAAUGGCAAAUGAUGACACAAACGUGACAACCAACAAUAAAUUCCUAUAACAGUUAAGUGAAUCAAUUAUUCAAUAAAGCCACAUGUAAAAACCUCUGCUUUAAUUUCACUCAAGUACAGUGUUGAUGAAUUCUCUACUUCUUGGUGUCAUUUUAUUUUCUACUACUGCUGCUGAGUUUAAAGGUUUUCUUGUUUUCUUGAACACAGUAAAGUAUUUUUUUGGACAGUUUGUAAUUUCUUAUGAUUUCAAUAAAGUAUGUAAAUAAUAUUAUGUUUCUCCGAAA